GGGAGGAACAGUAUAAAGGUGCACUGGCAUCUGCUCAGCUCACACUCCACUGGUAGCUUCUGCCUCUCUGUUACUGCGAGUUUGCAGGUACUAAGAUGUCCGAGCAACACACACUGCCAGUGACUACACCUGCUGCUGCCCAUCAGGAGCUCCUCAAGUCUGUUUCUCCUCCAGCCAAUAUCCAGCAGGAGCAAAGAAAGCAGCCAACUGCAUUGCCUGACCCAUGCCAGAAGGUGCCCCCCAAGCUCCCAGGGGAAGGGCCCCCCACACAUGAAGAGAAAUGCACAGCCAUUGGAAAGGGGCUGGCUGAGCAAGAGUGUGAGCCUAAGCAACAGGAGCCAGAGCUACACCUGGGACCCCUGCAGUCACUGAAGCCCCAGGCAGGAAAGCUGUGCUUAGGAGAGAAACAGGAGCCAGAGGAGCUACAUCUGAGACAGAAGCAGGAAGAGAAACCCCGGGAGUUAGAGCUGGGUGAGCCAGAGCUGUACCUGGGACAGAAAAAGGAACAGGAGCCACAGGAGCCAGAGCUAGGUCUGGGACAGGACAAGGAACAGGAGCCACAGGUGCCAGAGCUGCGCUUGGGACAGAGCAAGGAACAGAAGCCACAAGAGCCUGAGUUGCACCUGGGACGGCAGCAACAGAAACCACAGGAGCCAGAGCUGUACCUGGGACAGAAAAAGGAACAGGAGCCAGAGCUUCAUCUGGACCAGAAGGAGGGUCAGGAAUUGCAGGAGCCAGAGCCGCAGCUGGAGCAGAAGCAGCCCCAGAAGACCCAGGAUCCAGAGCUGCAGCUGGGACAGCAGCAGAAGCCACAGGAGCCAGAAAACCAAGAAGUGCACUUGGUACAACAGCGGCAGCAGGAGCCUCAGAAACAAGCUCAAUGUCUGAGACAGCAGGAACCUCCACAGGAGCCACCAGAGCCUGAGCUGCAGCUGGGACCGAAGCAGAAGCCACAGGAGCCAGAGGAGCACCGGGAACAAGAGAAGCCACAAGAACCAGAACUGCACCUAGGAAAACAGCAGAAACCACAGGAGCCAGAACUGCAGCAGGGACCAAAAGAAAAGCUACAAGAACCAGAACUGUACCCGAGAGGACAGGAGAAGCCCCAGGAACCCCAGGAGCAAGAAACACACCUGGGACAGCAGCACCAACAGAACCCAUGGGAACAACAGCCAGACCAGGGAGCACAGCAGAAGCAGCAGGGAGAGCAGGGAGAACCUCAGGAAGCAGAAAACCUGGAGCAGCAGCCCAGGCUAGAGAAGGUGCAAAGGGAAGAGCGACUGAAGGAGCGGAUAGGGGACAUGGAACAGGAGAAGAGGCUCUCAGACCAGCGACUUGAUCAAGAGCGAGUAAGGAGAGAUGAACAGCUAAGAGAGAGCCAGCAGUUUCUGGAGCAGCUGGAGAAACACCCGGUGCAACCUGUUCCUGCCUCAACCCUGGGGCAGGUCCAGGAAACUGAGCCGGCAAAAAGGGAAGUCAGGAAACAGCAGUAAAAGCAGGAGAGGCAAGGACCACCCAAAAUUAAGUAACCCAUCCCACCGUCUCUUGACCAUCCCACAUAAGGCAAGCGAGAGUCGCUGGCCCAGCUUUACCCUAGAUGUCCCUCUCCUCUGUGAAUCUGACACUGGCGCUCUGCAUGUCUCUUUGAUGGUACUGGGAAAGAGGAUGUUAUGACCCAAUACCUAGCCCAAACAAGCCCAAUUCCCAACCCUAAGUGAUCAGAGUUUCUGCCUGAGACUAUUGUUACUAUAGCAACUCUGACUUCAUCCUAGUAUUGCGGCUGAAUCUGUGAAUGUGUACAAUAAUACAUAAUA